AUGAGGAGCAGCCUGCUUCCGUUUUUGUGGACGCUGUGCAUCGCACUGGGGCUCACCACCUCUGGGCUCCUCGUGCAUGCCGAAGGCGUUGCAUCUGCCAUCGACCCGGGGCUGGCCAACCAGCACCUCACCCACGCCAACGCCGCGCUUCAGUCCGGCCGCUAUCAGGAGGCGCUCUCGUCUUUCGAUCUUGCGCUGCAGGCCGACCCGUCGUCGUGGCUCACCUACUACCGCAGGGCCACCGCACAGCUCUCGCUCGGCCGCACCUCGGCCGCGCUUCAGGACUUCCAGAGCCUGCUCGACCUCAAUCCCAAGUUCGACAAGGCCUACCUGCAGCAGGCCAAAGUCUACCUCAAGGAGGGCGACCAUGAAAAGGCCAAGCAGGCGCUCGACACGUACGACAAGGUGCGCGCCGACAACGGUGCCGCUGCAACCACAGAGGGCGCCAGCGUGCGCUCCAAGCUCACGCUCGUCCAGGCGUCGCUCCGGUCGCUCCAGCAGCUCGCCAAGGAGCUCGACAAGGCGCAGGCGCAGUCGGCCAAGGGCAAGGGCAAGGAACUCGACGCCACCAAGGUCGACCACUGCAUCCACAUGGCCGGUGAGGUGCUUAAGGUAUCGCCGUCGCAUCUCGAUACGCGCCUUGUGCGUGCACGCUGCCAGACCAUGAAGGGCAACCUCGAAGACGCCAUGGCGGACUGGACGCGCGUGGUGCAUCUGUCGCCCUCGCCCUUCCUGCUGCGCCGUCUGGCGGUGCUGUCGUACUUUAUCGUGAGCGAGCCAGGAUCGCAAAGCCGCGAUGCGGGACUGCACCAUCUCAAAGCAUGUCUGCACUCGGAUCCGGACAACAAGGCGUGUGCGCGCCUGCAUCGCAAAGUCAAGGCGUUGGAAAAGUCGCUGAAGAAGGCACGCAACUUCCACAACUCGCAGUCCUACCGCGCCGUGCUCUCGGCACUCAAAGGUGGCAAGGUCGGCGGGCCGACGGUGGUGGACGAGAUCAAAGAGGCCAUCGUCUCUGCGACCCAGGCGUCGCCAGGCGAUGAAGAGGCGCUGAUUCCAGCCACGUACAAGCGGGAUCCGGUCGCCGAGUCGGGGCUGCUGCACGAGCUGUACAUUAUGUACUGCAAGGCGCACACCGAGCUCAAUGCGAUGGAUACUGCCAUGAAGUACUGCGACCUGGUUCUUGCUCGCGAUCCGGACGACGCGACUGCGAUCCUCGCGCGUGCCGAAGUGGCGCUGCAGAACGAGCAGUACGAAGACGCGGUUCGCGACCUCACCAAAGCGUUCGAAGCGAGUGGAAGAACGGACCGAGCGAUCCACCAGAAGCUGCAGACGGCCCAGAAGCGUCUCAAGCUGAGCCAGAGCAAGGACUACUACAAGGUGCUGGGCGUCAAACGAACCGAUGCGAUCGCGACCAUCAAAAAGGCGUACCGUAAACUCGCCCGCGAAAACCAUCCCGACAAGGGCGGAAGUCAGGAAAAGAUGGCCGCCAUCAAUGAGGCUUGGGGCGUACUCGGCGAUGAAGAGCUUAGAAAGAGGUACGAUGCAGGAGACGAUCCCAACGACCCCAUGGGCGGUCAGCAGGGUGGAUACGGAAACCCCUUCGCCCAAGGAGGCCAUCCGUUCGAGAUGUUCUUCCAACAGGGAGGAGGUGGCUUCCCCGGUGGCGGAGGAGGCUUCCCCGGAGGUGGAAGCUUCGGCGGCUUCCCCGGCGGCCAACAGUUCCACUGGAAGAUGGGCUAG